CUAGCCCAUCAGCUGCUACAUUAAACCCCUCCCCCACCACCACACCUGACCCUGUGGCUAAUACAGGUGUUGCUACCUUAGAUAGCAUUGUUAGCUCAUUGGCUAAUAUACCCAGUUUAGCAGGGAUUGUUAGCGGUGUGGCUAACCCUGCUGUAAGCUCCUCUCCAUCGGCCCCAUCCCCCUCAUCUGGUAAACUCCAGUACCCAUCUGUGGUGGCAUCCAGUGCUGCCAGAGACCCUUACACAGAUGUUGGGGCGCUGUCACAGCUGGUGAUGUCAGCUUUAGACCCAACUGCAGGAAUUACAUUCCCUCCAGCAGAAGGAGCUAUAGAGCCCGCAGAUGAAGUUUUACCUCCUCACACUGCCAAAGAAGAAAAUCCCUAUGUCACUGUGUUGGCUCGUUGGACGAGUCAAGAGGAACUUGACACUGAGUCAUCCAAUGAAGAGGAAGAGACAGGAGUUAAGCCUACCCCAUCUGAAACUGAUGGGCCAAUGGAGGAAGAUCCAGCUUCUAACCCGACUACCAAUACCAGCAACAUCUUGACCAAUCCUUCAGGUCAAAUUAAGCCCUAUCGUCCGGCCCCACCCCCUCCCCGGCCUGCUGGCCAAACAGUGAAAUCCAAGAAACAGAAGAUCCCCAGAGCUGCCACCAUUCGAGUGUCGAGAAAGAAGGAGGCCAGCGGGAGUUCAGCUCCACAAAGUGCUGUGGUCCGAUCCAGCUGGCUGGACGUCUGGAAGGGCUUCAAACACAGUGUUCUAUGGGCAACACUCGAUGGACAGCUAAUGUCUCUCUGGAAGAAACGCACAGACCGGUUUAGUGAGCUGCUCUUUCAUGUCUCCAGUAUCACCAAUGUGAAAAAACUAGACAAGAGAAGAUUCUCUGUUUACUUCAGGAAGAAACAUUAUGACUUCAUGGCUCACAGUGAUGAGGUUCAGGAUGGUUGGGUCACAUCUCUGCUGGCAUCUCGAGGUCAGGCAAGCCCCGCCCCCCCAGAGCUUCAUGGGCAAAUAACCUUCAAGAAAACAAGGACCGGUGCCUAUGCUGCAGUCUGGGGUCAUAACCUCUGGAUUUACCCCAACAAGGAAGGCUUCCAGCUGGGCAUUGCCUCCUUUUCUGUGCCCCUGAACGCAGCCGUAGUCAAACCUGCAGGGAAACACUCGUUUGCCCUCAUCACUCCAUCCAAGACCUUUAACCUGUCUGUUGAUUCAUCGAAGGAUUUGUCCGUCUGGUUGGACAGUCUGUCUUCAUCUAUCAUCAGUGCUUUGUCCAGCAGCCAGGUGAUGCUGCGUCUCUGUGAAAACCCCCACAACAAGGUGUGUGGUGACUGUGGCUCAGCCAGUCCUGAGUGGGCAUCAGUCAACCUACUUCUGGUCAUCUGUCAAGCCUGUGCAGGUAAGCAUCGAGGUUUGGGAAGCAAACUGUCAAAGGUUCGUAGUCUGAAGAUGGACAGCAAGGUCUGGACUGAGCCACUCAUACAGCUGUUUCUUACCUACGGCAACUGGCUGGCCAAUCAGGUGUGGGCCCCAGAGGUGCCAGCAGCGGAGCAGCUGCUUCCUGAGUCACCUGAUGAGGCAAGGUCAAAGUUCAUCCAGGACAAAUACAGCCGAGGGUGCUACAGAAGAAUCCACCCUCUGACUUCCUCUCGGUUUCUGAUGGACCAGAGGCUGUGUCAGGUGGUCUGUAGUGACGACAUAGAAGAAACGAUGUCUCUGAUCUGCUCAGGAGCAAAGGUGCGUCAGUCAGACCCUCAGAGCCCCUCCCCCAUCCUGCUGGCUGAGAGGGCGGGUAAGGCUCUGCAGGCUGAGCUGCUCCGACUCAACGAAUACACAGAUGUCCCGCCUCACCUGCCCCCAUCAGCCAAUAGGAGACCUGACUCUGCCCCCUCAGGUGAGGAGGAGGAAGAGGAGCUUCAUGGUAAACUGGAGGACGAUCGGUUUCUCUUCUCAUUAGAAAAUGAUUCAGCAGCAUGUGACGUCCUUGACCUACGAGAUGUUGUGUCAGUCUUCCUCAAAGAUGGACCAGCUCAUGAGUUUGAGAUGGUGACGCUGAGCAAUGAGCUGAUCUGUGCCGCUGACGAUAAGGAGGGUCUGCUGAAUCACCUGGUUCACAUCCUGAAGGUCAUUCUUCCAGGGGGCGUGUCUUAUGCUGAGGUGGUCGGAGCUCUGGCUGUCAGUAAAGUGUGUGUUGUUAAAGUGGGCGGGGUCUCGAGUCAGUCAGACGCCUGGUUGUUACUGUGGGUAGAUGGAGUCAGUGUUCACCCAGUCCACAGACACUCACAGCAGACUAUGAGGAUGGAACUGAGCGUGCUCAGUCACUAUGAAAUGGAUCCAUCAGAAAACAUUAUCACCAUGGCAACAGGAGACAGGAGUGUGUCACUGUGCUUCAUGGAGCAGCACAGCUGUCAGUCCUGGUUCAGCCACCUGAAGAGAGCUCUGUCCAAUCAGAGCUCAGCUCCUCAGUCUCUGUACCCAGUGAUCAGCAUGGAGUCCAGAGUGCCACCAGCCCUCGUCCGCUGCAUCUCCCACAUCACAGCCCACGGUCUGCAGGUGGAGGGCGUGUACCGCCGCUGUGGCCUAGCUACCAAAGUCAGUCGAUUGGUGGAGGCUCUGAUGAUAUCACCCAGCACCGCCCCCCUGGAAAGUGAUGAGCAGGGUGUGUUGGACACUAGCUCCGCCCUCAAACAAUGUAUCCGCCAACAGGAGGGGUUAAUACCCAACAUACACAAGUGGAUGCAGGCGGCAGCGAUUUCAGACGAAGGCUCCAGGUUUAAAGCAUACCGACAGUUACUACGGCAACUUCCCGAUUACAACCGAGCAACACUCAGUGCCUUGUUUGGACACUUCUACACGGUCCAGGUAUAUUCUCAGGUGAACAAGAUGUCGGCUCACAAUCUGGCUGUGGUUCUGGUCCCGUCCCUGUUUCAGACCAUGAGCCAGGAUCUACUCAGACUCACCAGAGAGUUCAUCAUCCACCACACUCUGCUGUUCCUGACCCCUGAGGGAGGAGAGGAGAAGGAGUACCAGGUCACUGUCUUCUGAUGAUGAAGAGGAGGAGGAAGGCCUGAUGUUUCCUGUUGGAACAGGAGCUCUGAGCUCUCACAUUCAUGUUUCUGACAUCAGACAACGUUCUGCUUACACUGUUUGUUUCACCUGUAGUUGUUUUAUUGUUUAUCUGAUGGCCAAACUUUGUUCUUAUUGACAUGUUCGCCGUUUAGUACAGAGUCACUAAAGUCCCAGAUGGGGUCAUGUUUUAAUCGUGUAUGAACAAGAUUUUUAAAAAGUCCCUAAUUUAGUCUUAACUCAAACUAGAAAUGAUUUUUUUCUACCACAUUUGUCUACAGUCUGCGUUUUAGUCCAAAUGAAAGUGAAAGUUGUUUCUGCAGCAACGGCACCCUCGCCGACCUGCUUCUGUGGGUGCUUCAUGGCCGUUGGAGAGAAUCUACAUGUGUGGACUGUCAGAUGUCAUGAUAUCAGAGGGUCGACGCGGACAGAGAAGCGUUUUAUCUCCUUUAGAAUAAUGUGAAAUCACCAGCUUGUGUUUCCUGACACAGUAACUGAGGAGUUUUAGGCGUUGUCGUUUCGUUUGUUGUAAUGCUGUCACCAACAAAACUCGCAGGAGCUGAGUUGUAAAACGUGACAUGUUCAGUUGUAAUCGGUUACAUGUAGAUUAUUUAGAGCCAAAACCUGUCAGCAUGAAAUCAGCUGCCCAGUGUGACUCUUAUCAGCAGGUUCCUGGUUUGAAUCGCAGUGUGAGCAGGAUUCUGCUUUGCCUUUGCACCAGGCACUGACACGGUAUAAAGACAAGCAUGUGACCUUUGGUCUGAUCAAUACACAGAACUAUCACAUUUACACCAGGGGGUGUUAGAAAUCGUCUAAUUUGUUUAUUUCUGUCUGUUUAUUACCACAUUCUGCUGCCCACAGGACAACCUUUAUAAAAUCGCCGUAUGAACCAUGAAAUGACCCAGUAAUUAAACAUGAUUUGUUUGAAUCUUUAAGAAACAAACCAAGACUAAGGUGACUCUUAAUAACAGCCAUCACUGUGGAAGUUAACACAUCUCACUGAUGUUAUUAUUUCAUAUGACUGCU